AUAUCUGGUCCAUUGCAGGAUUCUGAAGUGAAAGCACCAAACAUUUUUCACUCAAAUCUGUCCUUCCAAUGGCCUUGUCCAUAAAUCAUUCCCACGUCCAUAUGCAUUCAUUAUGGAGCCCCCACAAUCACCACCACCUGCAUAAUUUCAUAAGAAGAAGCACCAUUACAAUUGCCAUUACUUUCUUCAUUCAUUGAUCUCUCUAGAAAUUCUUUUCUGCUACUGCAUUACCAGCUUCAUGUCUACCACUUCCUGUGCUUGCCAAUUCUGUAUUCAUUCACUUGUUUCUUUUCAAAAUUUUCGUGUUGCCCUUUCACAAUUCUUGUUCAAAUAGGUUGAAAAAUUCCCUCUCCCCCACUUACCUACCUGCCCUUUGUUUUAUUCUCAGUGACAUACUAAUUGCAUAAGCUUUCUGCACAUUAGUAUCAUACAUGUUAGGAGAAAACUGAGAUAGAAGACGAUAAAAAGUAGCCUCAACCUGUGUCACUGUUCACAAGGUUCUCUAUUUAUAACCUUUCCUGUGAGACUUAACCCUGCUAAAAUAACAGCCUCUGCUCCUGCCUAGAGAACAAACACCCAAUAUGUCAUUUUCGUGCAUGAAAAACUUCUUCCAGCAAUUCUGGAGUGAUGAAUAUCAAAUGGACAGCACUACUAAUGACAAUUUCUUCUCCAUUGAUUUUCUACCAUCACUAGGAGCCAGAAUUAACCAGGCAACCAAGCUUCAAAGAUACAUAAUUUCUCCCUACAAUCCCCGUUAUAGGGCUUGGGAGAUGUGGCUGGUUGUUCUAGUCAUUUACUCAGCCUGGAUCUGUCCAUUUGAGUUUGCAUUUCUAACUUACAAGAAAGAUGCUCUUUUCAUUGUUGACAACAUUGUCAAUGGUUUCUUUGCCAUUGAUAUUGUUCUCACCUUCUUUGUCGCAUAUCUAGAUAGCCAAUCUUACCUCCUUGUUGAUGACCCCAAGAAAAUCGCAAUAAGGUAUAUAUCUACCUGGUUCAUUUUCGAUGUCAGUUCAAGUGCUCCAUUUCAGUCUUUCAGCCUCUUCAUGGAUAACAGUAGCAAAAUUGGGUUUAGGCUACUCAACAUGCUCAGACUCUGGCGUCUCAGACGAGUCAGCUCCCUGUUUGCAAGACUUGAGAAGGACAUCCGCUUCAACUACUUCUGGACUCGGUGCACCAAGCUCAUCUCUGUAACCUUGUUUGCAGUGCAUUGUGCUGGAUGUCUUAACUACCUGAUUGCAGAAAGAUAUCCUGAUCCAGAAAGAACUUGGAUUGGAGCAGUAUACCCAAAUUUCAAAGAGGCAAGCCUCUGGGACAGAUAUAUAACUGCAAUUUACUGGUCUAUAACAACAUUGACCACCACAGGUUAUGGAGACUUGCAUGCUGCGAAUCCAAGGGAGAUGCUAUUUGACAUAUUUUACAUGCUGUUUAAUUUGGGUUUGACGUCUUACAUCAUUGGAAACAUGACAAAUCUCAUAGUGCACAGGACCAGCCGCACACAAAAUUUUAGGGAUAACAUCAAAGCUGCUUCAGAAUUUGCUACAAGAAAUCAGUUGCCAUGCCGUAUACAGGACCAAAUGUUGUCACACAUAUGCUUAAAUUUCAAAACAGAAGAACUGAAGCAGCAAGAGACUCUAAAUAGUUUGCCAAAAGCCAUUCGCUCAAGCAUAGCAGACCACCUCUUCUUCCCAAUUGUUCAAAAUGUCUAUCUCUUUCAAGGGGUUUCUCAUGAUUUCCUCUUUCAGUUGGUUUCAGACAUAGAAGCUGAGUAUUUUCCACCAAAAGAAUAUCUAAUUCUGCAGAAUGAAGGUCCAACAGAUCUUUACAUACUUGUCUCAGGAGCAGUUAACUUAAUCUCCCAUGUUGAUGGGAUUGAUCAGGUUUUGGGAAAGUUAGUUGCAGGGGAUGUGUUUGGGGAGUUCGGAGUUUUAUGUUGCAGGCCACAGCCUUUCACAGUUCAGACCACUGAGCUUUCUCAAAUUCUACGAUUGAACAGAACUUCAUUUAUGAACACCAUACAAGCAAAUAUGAAAGAUGGACGCACUGUAAUGCAAAAUCUUUUCAUGAAACUGAAUGCAGAGGUAGAGAGCAUCAAUUCCUAUCCAAACACAGACCUAGGCUUGACCCACAGAGAAUGGUUCGGAGGACAAACAGGAGAAAGCCAUUUACAUGCACAAUUUAACGAUCAACUACAGGGAAAUCCCUUAAAGCAAGAAGCAAAAGACAUGGAUGUACUGGGAUUAGAAGCCCUGGGGAGGGUUAAAACAGGUAGAGGGUAUUGUUGUACUAUAUCUCCAGUGGACAUAAAUUCAACCACUGAGGAUGGCCAAACAGCUCUCCACAGUGCUGUUCAGAAGGAGCACAUUGAGAUGGUUAAGAUUCUUCUGGAAGAAGGACCAGAUGUAAGUAAACCAGAUGCCCGAGGACAGACACCUAAAAGUUUAGCAGGGCAGCAGGGGAACAAGAGCUUAUAUGAGCUCCCACUAACUUAUGAAAGUAGAAGGGAACCAUAUGAACAUAAAAUAGAGGUCACUGAUCCAGGUACAACAGAUUAUGCAAGGAACAGUCCAAGCAGACAUACAAGUAGUGUCCCUAAUUUCUUCAACAGCCCAAGCAAACAAGAAGUAACAAAAUCAACAAAAAAAAGAGUUACUAUUCACAUGCAGUGUCAAAACAGAAGGGCAUCAAGUAGGCAACUUGGGAAGUUAAUAAUUCUACCUGAUACAAUUGAAGAGCUGCUCAGAGUUGCUGGUGAAAAGUUCAGAGGCUGCAAAUUUACAAAAGUUGUUAAUGCUGAGAUUGCAGAAAUAGAUGAUAUAUGUGUCAUUCGAGAUGGUGAUCAUCUGUUUCUCCUUCAAGAUGAAGAAUUAGAUCAUGGAAUGUGAUGGAACUUGAUGAUUAUUACAAGGCAAUCUUGUAUAGGAUGCAUAAAAUGUUAACGAAAAUAUAACCAAAUCAGUUGGUUAUUUGGUUUGGAAUUCAAAGCCAGAAUCAAAACUAGACAAGUCAGUUACACAUGGUUGUAUUUCACUCAUACGCUUUUGGAGGGAAAAACCCCAUCCACUUAUAAGCCUCAAAUAUGUUUCUUAGAUUUUCCAAUCCUGUCAUGAUCAGGCAGGCAUUCAGAUGUCUUCUAAUUUUUCCUUCUGUAGGCAUCUGAAUGCAGAUCCAGAUAGCAAUGCACAUGACAAGGAACAUUAAGCCUUGGCCUUUUAACCUGGCCAUUGAUUCACUCUACCACAAGAUAAGCUACAAGACGACAGGGAAUCUGUGCCAAGGCCUAUAUUCCUCCCUUCACAUGAAUGCUUCACAACCCCUUCAGACAGUUCACUUAAUUGGAAAAGGAUGAGCUUCUGUGUUAAAAACAAAUUUUUCCAAUGGUAAAAUGGAGCUAUUCCCAAACAGUAAGUAUAAAUACUUCAGUGUUUCACCAAGGAAAAAGGUUUCUAUUUUGUCUCUUCUUUGAGGAGAAAUUGUGAUGACAUCAUCUAAAGAACGAAGAAAUGUUAUUGUUAGGGCCUUAGGGGAAAAAUUUUGUGCACUGUUUCCCCUAGCUGCAUAUGUGUGCAUGUAUUAGAUAUCAUAGUAAGUAAAGACUAAGAGCAUACUUUUGGUCUUGAGUGAUACUGUAUAAUACAAAUAGGGAUUCAAC